CUUGAUUAGAAAGAGGAAAUUUAUUCUUGUGAUAUUUCGUAUACGAAGGAAUAUUUUCGUAUUUAUAAAAUAUACUUUCAUAACCAAUUGAUACAUUUUAAAUCAGUUUAACGAAAUUUGUGAUUGAACAAUAAUAAUAAAACGUAAGAUAAAUUCCUUAAUUGAAAUCACAGAGAGUUGCAAUUGGAAAAGCAAUACUUAGGAUGUCACAUGAUAUAUAUAAUAUUAUUUGAAAAUAAAGAAUCCUUUGAAAUCUGUUAGAAAAUUUACAAUUUUUGAAGAUUUUACUAUGAUUCUAUGAAGUCGUCUUGCCUUUUGUUUUCGGCCUAUAGAGUUCAUCUAUAUUAUUAGCAACGGCCAUACGGAAUAUCUCUAGAUUAUUGAUUAUAAAAGUGAAUCAUUAAUAAAGCGGCUGUGUUUUUUACCUUCAUGGGCAAGAAAUUUACAGUUCAGUACAUCAGUAAGGAAUGAUAAAACUAGAUUAUUUAUUAAACCUUAUUAAAGAAGAUAAUAUAGAAUCGUUGCAUUUGAUAUUGUGUAAUGGGUUAGAAGACACCAGUAGCGACAUUUUAGGAAAAUGUCUACAGGAAUCUGCUAGGGAAAAAAGAGAAAAAAUUUUUUAUCUAUUAUCUGUCAGUUGGAUUAUCCAGAUAAGUCGAAAUUUAUGCGACGAGGAUCCGUUUAUACCUCAUUCUCCUGAUAAUCAACCAGCAUAUUUAAGCGAGUUUGCUGAACAAUUGAUCAAUAACUUUCAAGAAAGGUUAUUCUUUUUUUAUAGAAUUGUACAAAAGACUUUGAUGACCAAAGAGCCAAAUUCGUCUAAUAUCUCGCAAGAAUUGUUGAAAAGUCUUUUAAAAGAUGCUAUUCACGAUAAGAAUUCGGAUAAUUUGGAAAAUUCAUUCGGGAAUGAGCAAUUGAUAUUGAUUCUCUUUAAAAAUGUUGUUAAACGAAAUGAUAGAGGCUGCUUAGAGAUAAUGAUCAAUUCAAAAAGAGUUGUUUAUAUUGCAGAGAUUUUUCCAAUCAUACUUAAGAGCGAUUUAGAAGAUAAAUUCGAUAUUUUUAAGAGAAUGACAGAUAUUCAGCAAUUUAAGCACAUUAACGUCCUUGCAAUUUUAAGAAAUGCUAUUUAUAGACAGGUUAAAAUUGAUGUUUUGAAGAAGAUUUUACCACUUUAUAGAUUUUCGGCACCUGAAAAAAGAGUUGAAUUGUGCAAUGCAAUGCUGUUGAAUUCGUCUCUUGAUCUUUUCCUCUACGGAGUAGGCCUAAAUUUGUAUGAGUUUACCGAAGAGAGUGCAAUUUUCUCUAUUAAAACGCCAAAUCUUCCGUAUUUAAAAGGUUUAAUGUAUAAAUUUACAAACGUUUAUAAGACUGCUCUGGAGAAACUACCAUUUACUAUUAGUUUUAGAGUUACUUAUGGCCUAAUCUCACCACAGCACUUGGGUGUCAUUUGUAGUCAUCCACUCUUUCAAGACGACAGGAGAUAUUUGAACAUGUUCUUCUUAAUUUUCUUCAAACCUAGGAAUUUCUUCAAUCUGGCUAUUUAUAGUUCAUCUAGGCUAAUUGCCCUACUGGAAGCGUUUUGGAUUGAAUUAGAAAACAGUUCAGAUCUACUUGGCCUCUCUCAAGAAGUAUUAAACUCCGCCGUCUUAUGCUUAUUGAAAGAUUUUUCAUGUCCAAAUGCUAUUACCUAUAGUAGAAUAAUUAGUGUUUUCCUACAAAAUGGCUAUUUGCUAAAUGGUUUUAGUAUUCCCAAAGAGUAUCUAGAUCGUAAUAACGAGAAGAGUAAAAUUCAACAAUCGUUACUGAACCUUUUACUGGAAAGCGCCGAUCAAAGACAAUAUAAUGAAUUUAUGCUUAAAUCUGACGGAAUCAAUACCAUUAUGUCUUUAAAAUCGAUGACCAGAUGGCUACUUAGAAACUUAAUAAAAAGACCGUUCAAAGUCAAUCUGAAGCGAAUGAUUAAAAGUCGUCACCUCCCUUUUUCUCUUGAAUCUAUUAUUGCAUUGGAAAAAGAGGCAAACUGUUUUGAAAGUUUGGUUUCACAAAAUUAGUAUAAAUAUUAAUAUAGGACCAUUUAUUUCCUUGUUAAAAUAGUGAAAUUUCUGCUGAAACUUAACAAAAAAAGAAAAGAAAACAGAUUAGAGAUAAACAGCACUCACUCUUAUCAUUUUCAUUGUUUUGUUGUUUUAUUUUUCCUUGAUUUUAUCAUAUUAAAUCUUCAGUUAAAAACAAAAGAAACUAUCUAUCUAUCUUUUUAUCUAGCUCUCUCUGUCCCUGUUAUUUUUGGAGAAUAUAAUUUAAUUAAAACUUGAAAAAAGAUAAAAGAAGAGAAACAAUUGUUUUCGUUAUGGAAAUUUUUAUAUUUGUACAAAUAGGUUCUUUUUCUUUUUUUCCUAUAGAAAAAAGAAAAGAUAAGAUAAUUAAGAAAAAGAAUGAGAAAGAGUGAAAAAAAAAAAAGUUUCCUUUCUAAUUAACUUUUGCAGAUUUGUUAGAAAACAACUUGGCAAAUUAUUUACAAUUUGAAAAUAUACAUUAUAUAAUAUAUGAUUGUUUUUUUCUUUCUUUCUUUUUUUUUUCUUUCUUCCUUAUAUUUAAAAUAUUGAAAUAAAGUUAUCAAGUUCCUUUUGCACAGAGAGAAUUUCUCUAAAAGAGAAUGGUAGGUGUUCUUUCUCCAUUAAAUCAUUUAAAUUCUUCUGAAACGGUCUACCAAGCGUACUUUUCACAGUCCACCUCGACAUAAGUUUCAAUGGCAUUAUUCUAUUACUACCGAUAAUUUUCAUAUAGAGAUUAUUGAAUUGUCUUUGACUGGAAAUUUCCAAUAAUAAUUUAAUGAGAUUAAGUUGAAAAUUAUUUUUCGGAUUAAGCCUUAGAAAUUCAUCGGUAAUUUCAAAGUCAUUUAUUAUAUAUCCUCUACAGAUUAAUAUAUAUAUUAAUCUUAUAUAUAUAUUCAAAUAGGUUGAAAAUGGAUCUUCUAAUAUGGCUGAUGUUAUUGAAUUAAGUACUUCUUGAGAGAGUUCCAGUAGAUUUUUAUUAUUUUCCAAUUUGUUUAAGAGUAAUUGUAGAAAUUCUCUAAAUUCUUCUUUGUAAUCGUUUACCAAAGUUGUAUAAUAUUUCCCUUCGAAUAUGAUUAUUAGGAAGGAGUUUAAAUAAUUUUUCUCGCCUCUUAUAUAGCUAAAUAUUAUCUUUAAAUUGGCGGGCGAUAAGAGGCGAGGUUUUUGAAGUUGUGAAUUGCUUUCCUCCUCAAUCGACGCGUUAUGAAUGUUUUCGUAGGAAGCCAUCAUUAUAUUUAAUGAUUGAUGAUAUGCGCUUAGAGAAGACAUUGUUACAUUUUCGGGAAGUUCAAAUAACGCCAAUUCAAUACCUAAUCGGAAAACUUGAAAUGGUGCGCAAGUUAAUAUAAUAUUGCGCAAUUCUGUUCGUGUAUCCCUAUCAGUAUAUUGAUAAUAAGGUAGAAUUUUGGUAAGAUUUUCAGGAGAAAUGCUUCUAAAAAUAACGUUACGUAGAAUAUUUAACACGCUUACUUUUUUAAUGUUUUGAUUAAUAAUUAUCUUUUUUAUAAUGUCAUAUCUAUCUUCUAAUUCGCUAUUUAUGAUAAUAAAAAGAGCUUCUCCAGUACAGAUUAUCUUUUUUGAGUUUAUCAUAAUUUCUAAGCAUUCUUUAUCUUUUCGUUUGACGAUAUUCUUUAAAAGGAUAAGAAGUAAUCUUUCUCUAUAAAUCAAUUCUUCUAAAUGAUUGGCGGUCUGGUCAUUAAUUGCUCUUUUAAAAAUAAAUAAUAUUUGCUCUUUUGUAAAAUGGCUCUUAACCUUCAUCUUUUCCUUAAUUCGGCAUAUUUCACCCAAAUUUACGUAGAGUACACGAAACCAAUCUCCUAAUUUAUUAGUUAAUUCUGUUGCGUAUUCCUCAAGAUAUUCAUCGGGGAAAGAAUAAAAAAAUGGGCUCUUUAUCCAUCCAACAAGACAUAUGUGAAUCAUCCAGCUCACAAAUAGAUAAUAAAAUAUAUUUUCCCUCCCAUCUUUAGCCGCCUCUUCCAAACAACUAAUUAAUAAUUCCGUAUCGAUUAUAUCAAUUUUCUCGCAAAUUAAGGAAUGUAAGGUUUUUAUAUCGUUACUUUUUAUUAAAUUCAUCAAAAUUUUCACUUCAGACAUUAUUUUAAAGCCUUAAAAAUCGGCUUAAUUCGUCUAACUGAAAAUUUUUAUGACCAGC